UCUGGCGCUCGGGAGGGGGCGGGAGGCGGAGCAGAGGGUGGGGGGUGGUGUCGCCGCGGUCUAGGCGAGGGAGGCGGUGGUGGCGGCGUCGGAGGUCCCUGAGAUAUGGCCGCCUCGGUGUUCUGCUGCCUGAGGUGCUGCAGAGAUGGCGGGACGGGCCACAUCCCUCUGAAGGAGAUGCCGGCCGUGCAGCUGGACACGCAGCACAUGGGAAUCUGGGGUAUUGGCGUUGCAACUCAGAAAGUUAACUUGAAUCAGAUCCCUCUUGGCCGAGAUGUGCAUAGUCUGGUGAUGAGAAAUGAUGGAGCCCUAUAUCACAACAACGAGGAGAAAAAUAGGCUGCCAGCAAACAGCCUUCCACAGGAGGGAGACGUGGUGGGUAUUACAUAUGACCAUGUAGAAUUAAAUGUAUAUUUGAAUGGAAAAAACAUGCAUUGUCCAGCAUCAGGUAUACGAGGGACAGUGUAUCCAGUUGUUUAUGUUGAUGACAGUGCAAUUUUGGAUUGCCAGUUCAGUGAAUUUUAUCAUACUCCUCCACCUGGUUUUGAAAAGAUAUUAUUUGAACAGCAGAUCUUCUGAAUGUAUUUGUUUUUGAAACUUGUAUUUCUGCACUGUUAAAAGUGUUUACCAUUUAAUAAAGCUUUACCUGACCUACAGAUGACAAUAUAUCCUUAAAAAUAUGCUCGUUAAUGUUGUCUAAGGAAACAACGUAUACAAUAUACCAUCCUGAAGUUGUGAUUUAAAAUACUUAGGUUUUGUGAUAAUGAAAUCAGCAUUUGGGGCAGUUUAUUUAAUUCUUAUUUAAAUAAAUAUGACUGUGGGUUUGAUUAACAGUAUUAAAUGGAAAUACGUAUAUAGAUAUUCAAAAGGGAAUCUUAACAUAAAAUAUUUGUUUUGAUAGAGAUAGAGUUGGGUGGAGGUUUUUGUCAUUCUGAAGUGUAGACCUCAUUAACUAUUUUAAGUCUGCAGU